UGAGAUCCAUUUGUGAUGAGUUCGAACAUCCACGACAGUGAUGGGAGUUCCAGCAGCAGCCACCAGAACCCCAAGAGCACAGCCAAAUGGGCGGCCUCCCUGGAGAAUCUGCUCGAAGACCCAGAAGGAGUGAAAAGAUUUCGGGAAUUUUUAAAAAAGGAAUUCAGUGAAGAAAAUGUUUUAUUUUGGCUAGCGUGUGAAGAUUUUAAGAAAACGCAAGAUAAGAAGCAGAUGCAGGAAAAGGCAAAGGAGAUCUACAUGACCUUUCUGUCCAGCAAGGCCUCGUCCCAGGUCAACGUCGAGGGGCAGUCCCGGCUCAAUGAGAAGAUGCUGGAGGAACCACACCCACUUAUGUUCCAGAAACUCCAAGACCAGGACUGUGCUGAGCGCCGCGUUCACACCAAGGGAUUCUGCACCAUCCAACCACGUGGACAGAAAAAGAUAAAUGCGAGGAAGGAAAUGUAACAGGCGACGGGUGAGGAGCCGCUGGCAGGGGCCUACUUUGGGUCUGGCAGUCAGAGCGGGCUCCCUGAAGAGGUGACUGAGACCUGAGUAGUAAAGGGGAGCCAGGUGAGAGGAGGGAGCCAACUAGGACCUUCCAGGGAGAGGGAUGGCAGGUGCAAAGGCCCUGGGGCAGGGCUGCUGGACGUGUCGGGGGCGGUGCAUGAGGCUGGAUGGAGCACAGUGAGUGAUGAAGGUGGUGAGAUCUACCACCUGGCUGGGGUUAGGCCCUGAGGCGCUGCUAACCAGUUCCCUUGGGCAAGAGAAUGCGUAUGACUCGGCACAGAGCCAUCUCUGUUACUACAGAGUCAGCUGCGAACCCUCGGCCUCCUGCUCAUGGCUCAUCGUCUGUACCCGGACGGCCUGACCCCCUGCGCCUCCCCCUCCCUGCUCAUCACUUCCUGGAUGCUGAGCUCAGAUUCACUGUCAUUACCCCUGUGUGCUCGCCUAGCCGGGAGGGGGAAGUGGGAACUCACGUUCCAUCCUGCCUCCAUCUGACCCCAGGUGCCUCCUUCUUCUUGGCGUGGCUUCCGUGCCCUCAUCUGUAACACGGGGCUGUGGGCGAACUCUGCUGCCUCCCCAAGCUGUGCCGUGGACCAGUCGCAAACCUUCAAUGCCCCGAUGUGAGAAAGUCGCUCCCUGGUACCACGACCUCGUUUCCCUAGACCCGACUUUCCCCCUUUUCUUUGACUGUAGAAUUUAGUAGCUGUGAAAUCUCGCACAAGGUGCGAUCCCUUUCUGUGCCUCAGUUUCCUCGUUUGUGAGAUGCGGGGUAUGAUGAGGCGGUCGUGAGGAUGAAAUGCAGUCAUUUCUGUGAAGUGCUUACCUAGUGCUGUGCCUGGCUGCAGCUGGGCCCCCAUAAGUGUUAACUGUGCGUGUCCUUUAGAACAGGGGUCCCCAGCCCCCAGGCCGUGGACCGGUACAGGUCCGUGGCCUGUUAGGAACCAGGAUGUACAGCAGGAGGUGAGCGGCGGGCCAGCGAGCCAAGCUCCAUCUGCAUCUGCAGCUGCUCCCCAGCGCCAGCAUCACCGCCUCGGCUCCACCUCAGAUCAUCAGGCGUUAGAUGCUCAUAGGAGCACUGGUCCCUGGUGCCAAAAAGGUCGGGGACCACUGCUUUCGAAUGUAACAGGAGGAUGAACUUUAGCUUAAUGCAGUAGUUCUUAAGGAGGUGAGGGUGGGGAGUGGGAGGUCGUGCCCCAGGGGACACUGGGCAAUGUUUGGAGACAGUUCUCGUUGUCACAACCCGGGCAGGUGUGUUACUGGUGCCUAGUGGGUACAGGCCAGGAAUGCUGACUGCUGAAACCCUACAAUGUGCAGGACGGCCCCACCCGACACAGAAUUGUCUGGUCCAAAAUGUCAAUGGUGCCAAGGUUGAGAAACCCUGGCUUAGUGUGACUUCCAUAAUUGUGGCAGGGUUCACGUGCCUGACCUUCACGGAGCCUCAGGUCCCCACCUCAAAAGCAGCAAAUAAUGUGUAUGUCAUUAUCGUGAAUUCCAGAAAACACCACGCCUGAACCUCUUCACAGUUCCUGCGGUGCUCUUGUGUGCGCACCUCACAGGCCGGGGAAGGUGGCACCUGACGCCUCAGUGUACAGCUGAGAACUCUGGCUCGAUGGGAAGAUGGCACAGCUAGCCCGAGGUCGCAGAGCUGGGAGGCGGGAAACAGAGCUUGAGCCCAGGGUUUCUGGUUUAGCCGGACUCUUCCUGCCACGCCAGCAGCCGUGAGAACCAUCCGUGUCGCGAGGCAGCGGUAUUUGUCCUUAUCGUCAUCCUUCCGGACACGGCCGCUUUCCUCUCGCGGGUGCUGGUGCAGGCAGCACUGUCUCUGGCAUUUAAAGACCGACCAACGUUCUCACCUUCUUUUUUCCCACGUUCAUCUCCCUUGCUCAGUCAUGCUCUGCUGCAUCUCCAGCCCCGGCUGACUCUAGAACAUUCCCAUCAGUUACCGAGGCUCUGAGAGUCAGCUACAACGUGGAGGGAUCACAUUAGUCAUAGCAGCCCAGAGGCUUUUCUCUGUACAAGAAAUAACCAUGCCGGUCUCCGCUGGCCCGGUCAGCGUCAUGGCCUGAACACAUGUGUCUUGGCCACCUACACAGCCAAGGGAGACUCCAGGGCGGACGACCAGCGCUGGAACCUGCUGCGCCAUGGGGACAUCCUAUUGCUGUGUCACUCGGGAUUCUGGACAAGUUAAUUUAAAAAAAGAUUAUUUGUAAUGGUUCAGUUACUACACGUUCAUUGUUAAGACGAAGAGAAGAAAAUUCACACGACCCAAGAGGGUACGAAGUGAAAGCCCCGGGCCCUGGCGGCAGCACCCCGUCACGUGUCCUUCCCUGCUCGUUUAAGAACGGAACACGGAAAUCGGCCCAGUGACCUCCGGUCGUGCCCCGUGAGAGAGUCAGGGCAAAAGUCCGCUCCUACGAGUUUCUCGGCAUCAGUCUACACACCUUUCUCUGAAGCCUCUGGUUCGAAUGGAACAGCAGGAGAUAGGAGAAGAUGGGAGGCUCAAGGUCAUCGCAAACGGCAACUCGAGGUCAUGGCUUUCUUGGACCGUGAGAGAGAAGGCUGCAGGCUGUCGGGGAGCAGGGGUACUCAUCCUUCUUCUUUAAUCGUAGGGAUCCCACGGCCUACAUUUAAAGCAAAUUUCAAGUACCGCCAGGCUUUGGAGUUGGUGCUGUCUGAUCCGGGAAAGGCAGAGAGAGCGGGUGGACUUCUCCACUGAAAAGGAAGCCCUCAGCCUCUGAUGCUUAAAAAAAAAAAUUUAGAAAGACUUCAGUGAGAUGUCAGCGCUCCCAGCCACACCCUUGAUGAAGGAGCCAUGCGCUGGGCCCCCCGUUUCUUUGAAUUUCCCCAGAUCUCAAGACAUGAGAAACACUUCCUUUCUAGACAUCAGUGAGAAGGGUUGGACCAGCUGGUGAGGACCUGGAGCUGGGGGAGGGGCUUCCGUGUCUACCCCCUCUCUCAACCCCUUGUUUCUCUAAGUCUGCAGUGGUGGCUGGAGCUGGGGGUUCUGGACGCCUCCGUCCUGUGGAAGCCCCAGAGAAGCCAUCUAGUCCAGAAACCAGCAUUUUCCAACGUGCAAAGCCAGAAAGGCCAGGUCGUGGGUUUUUGUUCGAAAGGAAGGGAAGUCGUCUCUCCCAUCUACCCAGCUGUUCGCCUUAUGAGGGGUGGGGCGGGAAGGAUGGUAUUUGAAAUUCUCUUUUUAACUUUAAAAUGGUGUUCAGGGGAAGGAGGGAGGGGGUGGGUGCCAGAAUAGCAUUUGACUCUCUUGAUGGCAAAAGGCAAACAUAAAACACCUUUGCCCUGCGUAGAAAGUAUGCCAUUUGGGCCUUGAGCAUUACGGACUCCGGGAAAAAGUGCCACCUCCCACUCGAGAGCACCGGCAUCAUGCGCCAGUGAGGGUAUUUCAACCCCUGCAGGGGUCUCUGCCUUUGUCCAUGUCCAGCCUCUGUCUGGAGUUCUGACCCCUCCCCAGCAUGUCAUCCAGCUCUGGCGGGCCUGUUCAGGAAGCAGGGACACUGUCCAGGGUGACAGAAACUUCCAGUGGCCCACGCUGGCACUUUGGGACAAGGGCCGACCUGAGCUAUUUUGUCUUCUCACCCGCUGUCUGCCCUCUGCCCUCAGACCUUCUGGAGGCACCCCGUUCCUACUACAGAAGAGGGGGAGGCGGUCUUCAGCUUGAGGUGUGGACAUCCCCGUUGGCGCCUUUUCCCAGCCUCUUUAACGCCCAGCUGGUUCUGCCGUCAUUUCAUAGUUGAGGCUGGAGGGAGGGGAGCUGGCUUGCUUCACGCUCCUUAUCUGUCCAUUGGGUAUGAAAGCAUGCCCAGAGCCGAGCUGUAUGGGGAGAGAGCACAUUCUCGAACUGCGACCCCGAGACGGGAGCACGUGCCACCUCUUUUCAGCAAUUUUCGUAUAAAAACUAAACCCAGUUCUUGAAACCAAUAUGAAACCUCAUUAAUAAAACUUGCAUUAAGGGAUUUGUUAUUUUCCUCCUUGUACCCAGUUGAAAGAACAUGGCAGAGGGUUCUGGAUAGAAGGGAGGAUGUAUGUUUAGUUCUUUUAAUAUCCUUAUCUUCUGAGAAGUGUUAAAAGUGCUUCAUUGAGACAGCGUUGAAGUCUUCACUGAAGGACCUUCGAGGCCGGUUAAACUUCUCAUUCUCUACGGAGGUGAGGAUUCUCUACAGUUCAGCGAGGGUGUCCUUUCCUGGAACAGCAGAUUUGGGACACCUAAGUUAGAGUACCAUACGGCUCUUUUCCCUUGCAGAAAGGCGAAUCCCAAGCAGGCACUGUCUGGGAUCUGGAGAGGGAGGGGCACCUUGGCUGGGUAAUGACCUUGUGCUGUGGGACCUUGUGCAUAGCUGCAGAAGGCAGGAAAGCUCCCUUCACCUUUUCCCCUAAAAGAGUUCCACCUCCAGCUGCCGGUGGGAUUGGCUCCCCAGGCAACGACGCCAAACAGUUUACAGUCUGGGCAUGCAGCUCACAGAUGUGGGGCUGCCAAAACCCAAACCUGCUGAGCCACAGCUGUCUUGGCCCAAAGAAAAAAAAAAAAA